AUGGCCCGCUCCUCCAAGCUGAUCACAGCCUGCGUCGCCCUGGUUGCAUGCAUCGCUUUGCACAGCCUUGCCUUCCUUAGCGGGCCUGCUCCAGCCACACAGCUCCGUGGAAGCACCCCGCUCGAAGUUGCUGCCGGGGCUGCAGUGCCAGCAGUCAUGAUGACGCCAACCGCGGCAAUGGCGGCAGAUGGCGAGGGCAUGCCAUCCGUGGUGCUCGGAGUUGGCAUCCUAUGCAUGCUGGCAGCUUUCAGCGCCGUCUCCAGCGUCAUUAGCGCGACCGAUGAGAACCACGCACGCGCCGACGAGUGGAAAGUCCUCGUGCUGGUGUCCUGGAAAUUCUUAGCCUGCGAGGUGAAGUUUGCGCGCAGGGCAGGUGGUAAGAAAUCACCUGUCUAUUGUCGUCGUUGUCUAUGUCCCCUGUUGUCAAGGAGCCAAGGAUGCGAAGUAUACAUACAAGUGUUUAUAAUCUAG